AUGGCUGACUCUCACUUGUCAGGUUCUGCAGGAAGCUACAACAGCAGCUUUCCCACCGCCAGUGCGUGGAACAUCACUGGCAGCGGCCCAUGGUUGUUGGCCUUCAUGCUGACUGUCAUCAUCCUAAUGACAGUCUGUGGCAACAUGUUGCUUAUUGCUUUGGUGUUUGCCCAUCGCUCUUUGCGUUGCACCUCGAACUGCUUUCUAGUUUCUCUGUUCCUGUCUGACCUAAUGGUGGCACUGGUGGUCAUGCCCCCAGCCAUGCUCAAUGUGUUGUGUGGGUCCUGGGUGCUGUGGCCUGCCUUCUGCCCGAUUUGGCUUUGCUUUGACGUCAUGUGCUGCAGUGCGUCCAUUCUCAACCUGUGUGUGAUCAGCCUGGACCGUUACCUCUUCAUCAUCUCACCGCUGCGCUACAAGCAGAGGAUGACCCCACCUCGGGCGUUGCUCCUUGUAGGAGCAGCUUGGGUAUUGGCAGCAUUGACCUCCUUCUUGCCUAUUGAGAUGAAAUGGCACAGCUUGGGCCAUGGGAGUGGACAUUCAUCGGUCAGCAGUAGCAACAACAGCUCUUACUCUGACACAUUGUACCCAACGUCCUACUUUCAGCUGUCACCAUCAGGAGGCCUUUCCUUCCAGUGCCGCCUGCGGGUCACCCUGCCCUUUGCCCUGGUGGCAUCUGUACUCACAUUCUUUUUGCCCUCCAGCGCCAUUUGUUUCACAUACUGUCGGAUCCUUCUGGCAGCGCGGAGGCAGGCAAAGAGGGUCGCGGCACUGAGCCACCCACCACACCCACAUCCCUCUCUUGGGGAACCUUCCAGGCCUCCUUCACCUGGGAUUGCAGCAGGGCAAGCUCAGCCGGACGGAGAUGACUGCAGUCACCAGGAGGCGCCUGUGUCACAAAAUGUACCGGCGUCAGUGAACAGUGAGCGUCGUCUGGCUCACAGGCAGGGUCGGAGGGCUGUGAAGGCCACUCUGACAUUGGGAGUCCUCCUGGGACUCUUCUUCAGCGCUUGGCUACCCUUUUUCAUCACCAACAUGGCUCAGGCAGUCUGUGAGUGCAUCCCCCUCGCGCUCUUUGACGCCAUCACCUGGCUGGGCUACUGCAACAGCACAAUGAACCCCAUCAUCUACCCACUGUUCAUGAGAGACUUCAAGCGAGCUCUGGGGAAGCUCUUGCCUUGCUGUUCCUCGCGGUCAACCAGAAGACCCUCACCAGUGCUCUCCCUCUCUCUCCGCAACUCAGGAGAGCCUAACAUCGCCAGCAACCCCCCCUCUCCCCUGGCCUCUGACCCCACCCACCCCCCUGCCACUGCCACAGAUGCUGUCAACCUGCUGGAUGCCGAGCAUGCUGGCAUCGAGUUGCCUCUUCUUCUGCCCAAUCAGGUGGACACCCUGGACUGAAUAGCAAUUAUUGGAAAUCAAGUCAGCUAAUAUGUUAUGUCGGGUAUAUGGUGGAAAAGUGAUUCAAGGUGAGAAUUGAGACUCAUUACAUUUCCAUGAGUCUAGGCCUAACAGAAAUAAAACAAAUAAUCCACUUUAAAAUGAAUUCUUUAUAGUCACAGUAAGUAAUUCAGUAAGCUAAUCUUGAAUUGUGUUUUUCUUUCCAAUUAUGAAAUAUCAGAAUCAGAAUGAGGUUUACUGCCAGGUACAUUUUCACAUUUUACGAGGAAUUUGCCUUGGUACAUAUUGGUGCUUAACAGAACAUAAAUAUAGAAAUAUAAAUAUAGAAAGAGUAGAGAGAUCAAAAAUGUACAAGAAACCAAAAUAAUACAAUAAUGCUAUAAUACUAAUGGAAAAAAAGAAUGCAAUAAAUAUGCAUGAAAGUCAGUGUUGUUGAGGAGGCCACUGCAGUCGGAAACAAAGCGUUCUUGUGCCGCAAGGUUUUGGUCCUGAUGGACCACAGCCUCCUGCCGGAGGAAACAGGGUUUCUGGGGUGGGAGGGUUCAGCCACAAUCUUUCCUGCCAUAGGUGUCAUUUACAUUAGGGGCGCUUGGGACAUGUCCCCACCACUUUUUGAAAGCACUUGCUAAAGGUUUUCUGAAAAUUAGCUUGCAACAGGAAAUGU